AUGGCUGCCAAGCUCCGAGACUCGGUUACAUUCCUCCCUCUCAAAGACCUCAGGUUUGCCGAGGCAGCCAUGGAAGGGAACACGUGGUUUAUGAGCUCUCUGGAUGAUACCUACGAGGAAAACGAAGCAGGGUACCUUUAUUUCCCUUCUGAAGCAUCCAAGGGACGGCUCCUAUGCAUCAAGGGACGUGACACGAAGGAUGGCGCAAAAAACUCGUACGCCUUGGCAUGGCCCGAGAGUCUUCCAGACUCGGCCACUCUCAAGAAUGGCCUGACCUUCAUAUCAGACUCCUACUAUGACCACAGCAAUCUGUGGCAUGGAUUGUCUGCCGUGGCUCCUUUCGUAGGGUGGUCAAUGAAGAAUGGGUGCUCGAAGCCAACAAGAUGGGUACUGUUCCAUUGGGGCGAACUCAGAGACAAGCUGGGAUCAUGGGUUCAGCACCUAACGCAAGCAAACUUCGGAGAACUUCACAUUGAAGGAUCCAGUGGAGGGAAUGCGCCUUACUGUUUCGAGAAGGCGGUUGUGAUGAGGCAUGAUCUAGGGAGGAUGGGAAAGGAGAAGCAGCUGAAGGUUUUUGACUUGUUGAGAUGCAAGGCUAGGGAGUCCUGUGGAUUGAAGACAACAGACAGAGGGAAAGAGGUCAAUGAAAAAGGGAUGCCAAUUAUAAGGCUAACUCUGCUGAUGAGAAGGGGUUCGAGAUCAUUCAAGAAUGCAACAGCAGUUACUGGUAUAUUUGCUAGAGAGUGUGCAAGGGUACAGGGAUGCAUCUUGAAGGUAUCUCAGUCAGACGAUCUAAGCUUCUGCGAUCAGGUGAGAGUGAUGACUUACACCGACAUUUUUGUAUCUCCACAUGGCGCCCAAUUGACAAACAUGCUCUUCAUGGAUCGGGGCAGUAGUGUAAUGGAAUUCUUCCCAAAAGGAUGGUUGGAGACUGCAGGGUUAGGCCAGUAUGUUUACCACUGGAUGGCAACCCAAGCGGGAAUGAAACACCAGGGUGCAUGGCGGGAUCCGGUUGGGGAGGAGUGCCCAUUCCCAAAACAAGAUCUACAAUGCUUUUUAUAUUACAAAACUGGCAAGGUUGGUCACAAUGAAACCUUCUUUGCAGAAUGGGCCAGAAAGGUUCUCGACCAAGUUAGGUUAAGCAAGCUCGAACUAGCUUCCAACAAUUUUGCUACCAAGCAACAGCUCUCAAGUGCCUGUGCCUGCUAA